UUUUAAAUAGGAUAAAAGGAGAAAAAAUUAUCAAAAGGGAAGACCAUAUAUUUCCAUCUUGUCCUAGAGAAGAAUGUAUUAAUAGUAAUGGUUCAUCUUUAAGUUUGCAAGUUGAAGGGAAGAAAAUGGCUAUCCAUGCACCUGAAAAAUAUUUUAGAAAAACAAACUUUGAAAUUGCACCUGAUUCUUCUGAACCAGAUAUUUUUGAAGAAAUUAUUUUAAGUCAUUAUGAUGAUGAAGAUAACUCUACUUUUCUGAAAAAAAAUGAAAAUACAGAAAAUUUGCAAGCAAAAGAACAAGUUACUGAGACUGAAACACCAAUUUCUGUAGAGUACUUACAAGAAAAAAUUGUUGAGAAAUUAGCACAACACAUAUGGCCAAAAGUGCUCAAAACUCUUCAAAAUUGUCAUGAGGACAAGAAGUGGGAUAAAAAAGUUGAAGAUAUCCAAUUACCACCAAUAUUUGCUGUUCAAGUUGAUCAAAAACGUUCUGCGACAAAUCAAAGGCCAAAAACAGAAGGAUCUAAUUUGUCUGUAUUGGAUUUUCCUAAACUGAGUAGCUUUUUAUCAGUUUCUCCUAAAGUUUUACAAGAUCGAAAAGAGUGCAAAAGUGGCCGGAGUAGUCUAAGAUCUUCAAGACCAAAUUCUGAAAUCCAUUCAAGAAGAAACAAUGCACAUUCCUCUUAUGCAAGUAAUCUAUUUUCUCAAAGUACAUGUAAAGUGUCAAGUACUUCCAACUGUCUGAAACAGGUUCAGUUUCUUUCAAAAAAAGCACAGAAAAAAGAGGAUAUGGAUAAAAUGUCAUAUCUUCCAGCUUUGGAGGAAGACAUAAACGAUCCUGUUGACUAUUUAAGAGGACUAUCUCUUCAUACUGAUACUAAGACUGUUUCAUCUUCAGUUGUUUCUCACUUUCCCAAAAAGUCUGAAUGUUUUUUGCCACCCAUUGAUGCAGAUAACAUAAAUCCAGAUCUAAAACUUACCAGAAAUUUGUUCACAUUUUUUGGUUCUGAUAUGAAAUGUUUAAAUAGAGGUGAAUUAGUUUUUAAACCUAAGACACCAGCUUCCCGUCCAAAUACUAGUGCUUCCAAAAAGAGUAUCAAGCAGUCUGAUAAUUUAAGCUAUAGGUUUUUGACUGAUAAUUAUUCUUCCAUUAAAAAUUCUCAUCCUGCUGAAGUAAGAAAAGUUGGUGACAAUUGUGAUAAACAGUUAACCUUAUUUCCAAUUGUAACUUCAUUAGUGCCUAGCAAAGAAAAAACUUGUAGUAGUGCAAGAAAAAAUUUUUUGAGCAGUUUGAACGAGCGAAAGAGGUGACCAAGGAGAAUCAAUUUUAAUUGUAAAUAUUUUCAUAAAAUGAUUAUGAAUUAUUUUUAUGUAUUUGUAAUCUCCCAUGGAGAGCCUAAUCAAAGUUUUUAUAAUAAAUAUUUAAAAAAAAACACAAUUGUUUUUCA